GCUCCUGCGGCUGACGAAGGUCUCGUAGAGUGAAAUUCUUGCGCUCUGCUCUAGAAGCAAGGAGCAAGGGGAUAAACCACAACACAUCAGCUUUAAACCACACAAACACAAAACAAUUAGAUAAUACAUCACACACAUAUACACACACAUAUACAUACAAAAAUUGGUUUUGUUUCAGAAGAAGAUCGAUGACAAUUCGAAUUUAGAGCGAAAGGAACAAUGACUCUGGUGGUGGUGGUGGUGGUGGCGGUGUUGGCGCUGCAAAUCGCGAAUGGAGCCGGGAGCAGUGUGGGACGUCAGUUCUUCGGCGCAUUUAUGCAGAACUAUCUGGAGGGAGUCGACGCGCUUGUGGUGGACUUCAUCAGCUACGACAGCAGCGCUCAGGUCACCGUCUCGGUCCCUGCGGAGAACUUCUCGAGCUCCGUCCUCCUGCCUCCUUUCUCCGUCGGCAAUGUAUCCAUCCCGGUAACGGCAGAGAUCGCAGAGAACGGCAUCGUCACCAACAAGGUCGUGUCCGUUCAUUCUGAUAGUGACAUCUCAGUGUGGGGCAUGUCCAAACGAAUUGCAACGACCGAUGGAUUCAUGAUGAUCCCUGAGCAGGAGCUGGGAACAGAAUAUUACGUAGUCGCUCCUGUGUCUGGUGGUUUAACCCUGAACGAAUUCGCGAUAGUCAGUCCCUACAACAACGUGACGGUGCUGAUGAUUUUGAGCAGCAAUGUUAUUUUCAACGGUGUAACGUACUCCAACGAACUGAACAUCACUCUACAAGAGAACCAAGUCGUGCAAUUCCAAGGAUCAUCUCUGACUGGGACCAGGGUACUCUCGAGUCAACCUGUGGCCGUGUUCAGUGGAGAUCAGUGCAUCAAUGUUCACACAGCCUGCAAUUUUGUGACAGAGCAGCUUUUGCCAGUAUCGCAGUGGGGCUCCUCUUACCUGGUCUUCCCCGUGUCCAUCAAGUCAACAGACGACAGCGUCAUAAUCACCUCGCCUACAAGCGCGAGCGUCAUUGUCAAUGUCAGUGUCGCUGGGAAUUUAACAACCUACACGUUGACCAAUUACGAUCGCAUCAGCGUACCUAUAUAUGCAAACCAGAUGUUGUCUAUUAACUCAUCUGUAAACGUAGGAGUCAUGUACAUAUGCCAGGGAGGGUAUCCGGCUCUAGGGGAUUACAUGGACCCGUUCCAGAUGAACAUCAUACCGACCAGCAAGUUCUCUAACAUGUACCUGUUUGCGACUCAACCAGAUUUUACGAACAUUUUAAUCGUGAUCGCCAAGGAUGCAGACAAAUGUGAGAUCGUCAUGAACAACGGGACACUGUGCGAUAAGAUCCAGUGGGUCCGGACAAACGACCUCCUGUUCGUGGCCGGGGAGCUGAACCUGGGAGGUGGGAAUCAGCAGUUCCGUGUGGAACACGCGACUCAGCCGUUCGGGCUCUACCUCUACGGGGUGGCAUACUAUGAUUCAUUUGGCUACGUCCUCAGCUACGGCAACCUAAGAGGGAACGGAGCCGGGAGCAGUGUGGGACGUCAGUUCUUCGGAGCAUUUAUGCAGAACGCCGGGAAUGUAGCCGACGCGCUUGUGGUGGACUUCGUCAGCUACGACAGCAACGCUCAGGUCACCGUCUCGAUCCCCGCGGUGAACUUCUCGCAGGCCAUCCUCCUGCCUCCCUUCUCCGUCGGCAAUGUAUCCAUCCCGGUAACGGCAGAGAUCACAGAGAACGGCAUCGUCACCAACAAGGUCGUGUCCGUUCGUUCUGACAGUGACAUCUCAGUGUGGGGCAUGUCCAAACGAAUUGGAACUACCGAUGGAUUCAUGAUGAUCGCUGAGCAGGAGCUGGGAACAGAAUAUUACGUAGUCGCUCCUGUGUCUGGUUCGGUAAUUAACGAAUUCGCGAUAGUCAGUCCCUACAACAACGUGACGGUGCAGAUGAUUUUGAACAGCAAUGUUAUUUUCAAUGGUGUAACGUACUCCAACGAACUGAACAUCACUCUACAAGACAACCAGGUCGUGCAGUUCCAAGGAUCCUCUCUGACUGGGACCAGGGUACUCUCGAGUCAACCUGUGGCCGUGUACAGUGGAGAUUGGUGCAUGAUUGUCCACACAGGCUGCAAUUUUGUGACAGAGCAGCUAUUGCCAGUUUCGCAGUGGGGCUCCUCUUACCUGGUCUUCCCUGUGUCCAUCAAGUCAACAAACGACAGCGUCAUAAUCACCUCGCCUACAAGCGCGAGCGUCAGUGUCAAUGUCAGUGUCGCUGGGAAUUUAACAACCUACACGUUGACCAAUUACGGUCGCAUCAGCGUACCUGUAUAUGCAAACCAGACUUUGUCUAUUAACUCGUCUGUAAGCGUAGGGGUCAUGUACAUAUGCCAGGGUGGGUCUACAACUCUAUGGUAUUCCAUGGACCCGUUCCAGAUGAACAUCAUACCGACCAGCAAGUUCUCUAACAUGUACCUGUUUGCGACUCAACCAGAUUUUAUAAACAUGUUAAUCGUGAUCGCCAAGGAUGCAGACAAAUGUGGGAUCGUCAUGAACAACGAGCCACUGUGCAAUAAGAUCCAGUGGGUCCGGACAAACGACCUCCAGUUCGUGGCCGGGGAGCUGAACCUGGGACUUGGGAAUCAGCAGUUCCAGGUGGAACACGCGACUCAGCCUUUUGGGCUCUACCUCUACGGGGUGGGAGACUAUGAUUCAUUUGGCUACGUCCUCAGCUACGGCAACCUAAGAGGCGGCGUCUGUCGCGUUAACCUCGCCAACGCGAGCGGCACCAUCCAGUUCGCCGAUUUACUCGCGAGACCCAACGUCGGCGACUGCCUCUGGACCAUCACCGGCGCCGUGGGGACGGCCGUUAUCCUUCGCUUCCAGACGUUCAGUCUGCAGACGGGCGCCGAGGUCGUCUACGUCUACGACGGGCCGUCCGUGGACUCGCCGCUCCUGGGGAAGUACGACCGCGAUGGCGUCCCCGCUCCCAUCAUCUCGUCCUCCAACACCUUGUCCGUAAGGGCGACGUACGACACGAGAGGAAUCGCCGGCAACUUCAGCGCGUUUUACAGGGUGGGGUCACCGUGCAGGGAGACGCUCGUUGGAAGCCAGGGAUCGCUGUCGUUGUCCAACUUCUCCGCGGCCGGUGAGAGGAGCGCCCUGUGCCGAUGGACCGUCCAGGUGGACCCCAGAUACGAGGUCAAGCUGAGCUUCCAGCAGUUCAAUUUGUCUUCCGACCCCGACUGCGUGGACGAGUCGCUGACCGUCUACGACGACAACGGCGACUCGCUUGGCGCGUUCUGCGGCGGCGUUGUGAGACCGCCCAGCUUGCGCUCGUCCUCUAACAGACUCCACCUCGUGCUCGACUCUCUUCGGGGCCUUCAAGGGAACGGAGUCGUCGUGAACUUUGAAACGAUUAAUCCGAUUAACGUCUCGAAAAGCUGCGGCGUCGCCAACGCGUCCGUCCUGAGCGCCUGGCCCUGGCAGGUGACCGUCACGAGGCAGACGGACCAGCUGCAGUGCCUCGGCUCCCUCCUGUCCGACUCGUGGGUCGUGACCGCGGCGAGCUGCUUGCUGGAGAGCCCCGGCAACUACAGCUGGAGCUGCACCAUGGCCUCCGGCGAGCGUCUGGACGUGACGGCCAUCUUGGUCGACCCCAAGUUCUCCGCGGUGACCGGAGCCCACGACGUCGCCAUGCUGCGGCUCGGCUGGCGGGCGACGUUGGGGCCGUCCGUGCAGGCGGUGUGCCUGCCCUCGCGACACGAGCAGAGCCCCCCGCUGGGACGCAGCUGCCAGGCGCUGGGCUUGCGGCGCAGCGACGGCUCUGUGUCGGCCCCCGCCACUGAGGGCAACGUGCGCCUGGUGAACGAGUCGCUGUGCACGCAGGCGUGGGGCAACUUUAGCCGCGGCAUGAAGAUGUGUGCAGCCAAGCGUCAGGGUUGGGCCAGUAGCUGUCAGCUGGGCCAGGGCGGUGGCGUCUUCUGCCUGGGCACGGACAGGAGAUGGUACCUGACGGGCAUCGACAGCCGCCGUGCCGACUGCGCAAACGCCACCCAGCCGGCCGCCUACGGGCGCGUGUGGAAAUCCCUCGCCUGGAUCGAGGGGAACCUCCCUUACUGACGACGCAGACGUGCCUCUGGUUCUGCUCCCAGCCAGAUAGCCGGAUAGCCAGAUAACCAGAUAGCCAGAUAACCAGAUAACCAGAUAACCAGAUAACCAGAUAGCUGGCUAGGCAACUAGCCAGCCGGGCAGGCAAAUAGCCAGAUAUCCAGACAGCAAGCUAGGAAGAUACCUACCUAGCUAUCUAUAUAGCAAGAUAGCCAGCCCACUAGCUGGCUAGCCUGCCAGGAAGCUGUCUAACCAGAUAGUCAGUCAGCUAGCCAGACAGCCACCCAGCUAACUAUCUAGCCAGAUAGCAAGUCAGCUAAAUAGCAAGCCAGCCAGCCAGCUACAAUAUCGAGAUAGCAAGCACGCGAGCUGGCUAGCCAGAUAGACGGCUAACAAGCCACCCAGCCAGAUAGAUUGAUAUCCAGCCAGCCCGAUAGAUUGAUAGCCAGCCAGCCAGAUAGAUAUAUAGCUUGCCAGCCUGCUAACUAUCUAGCCAGAUAGCCAGGCAGAUAGCCAGCCAGCUAGAUGUUAAUCAGAUAGUCAGCAAGCCACCCAGCCAGUUUGCUAUCCAACCAGAGAGCCAGCCAGCUUGAUCGCCAGCUCGCCGGCGAGCCAGUCAGCCAGCCAGCUAAAUAUAUAACUAGUUAUCUAGCGAACCAGCUCACUAUCUAGCCAGAUAGGCAACUAGCCUUUUAGCCAGCCAGCCCAGCCAGCUUCCUAGCCAGCUACCUAGCCAGAUAGCCAGUCAGCUAAAUAGAUAAUUAGUUAGCCAGCUAACCAUCCAGCUACCUAGCCAGAUAGGCAACUAGCCUUUUAGCCAGCCAGCCCAGCCAGCUUCCUAGCCAGCUACCUAGCCAGAUAGCCAGUCAGCUAAAUAGAUAAUUAGUUAGCUAGCUAACCAUCCAGCUACCUAGCCAGAUAGGCAACUAGCCUUUUAGCCAGCCAGCCCAGCCAGCUUCCUAGCCAGCUACCUAGCCAGAUAGCCAGUCAGCUAAAUAGAUAACUAGUUAGCUAGCUAACCAGCUCGCUAUCUAGCCAGAUAGGCAACUGGCCUUUUAGCCAGCCAGCCCAGCCAGCUUCCUAGCCAGCUACCUAGCGAGAUAGCCGGUCAGCUAAAUAGAUAACUAGUUAGCUAGCUAACCAGCUCGCUAUCUAGCCAGAUAGGCAACUGGCCAGCUAGCCAGCCCAGCCAGCUUCCUAGACAGAUAGCCAGCCAGCUAGCGAACGAGCCAGAUAUCCAGCCAGUCAUCCAGCUAACCAGAUCGCCAGCUAGCUAGCUAGCCAAGUAGCUAGUCAGAUAGACAACCAGCUACCUAGCGAGAUAGACAGCCAGCGAGAUAGUCAGAUAGCUACGACCAGGCCUACAGCUACCGCGAUCGCUCUCGCUCUUGAGAGGGAAGAAUGAAAGAAGGGAUGACCAUGAAUGAAAAGUAUAUUUUUCUUUCAGUUACCAUUUUACUAUAAAAUAUACAACUAGCUGUACUAACGCGGCUUUCGCCCAGGACUUGGAUUCACCACACCUGGCCGCCUUUGUCCCCCCCCCGCCAGUGGCGAUGUUCACACACCACAGCAGUUACUCGUUUGAGGCUGAGUCGACCUAGGGGAGGUCCGGUUAAAAUAAUCGUCAGCGGUGGUGGCCAUGAGCGGGAAUCGAACGCGGGUAGCCGGGUUCGUAGCGCGGCGUAGCGCUAUCCGCUACACUACACGUGCGCGGGUCACGUGACAGAUGUGACAUCACAGCUCACUUGCCGUGCACAAAAUCUCUGCAUUAUUGAGCUCCUCCCCCCCCCCAAAAAAGUGUAUUUUUAAAUCCUUUAUAUUAAGUUCGCUUGCUUGCUUGCGUGCUUGCUUGCUUACGACCGUGUAAAUCUUUCGGUCGUUUUUUAACCCACUUCCCGUGAUCCAAUCGAGUUGAUAUUUUCCACACAGACUCGUUGUGCGAGACAAUUAAUGUUCGUGAAAAAAAUUCCCAAAAUUGUACACUUUUUAGGCAAAAAAAAUGAUUUUACAUAUAUUCAAAUAGAACUAAUUCAUGGCUUUGGCUGAACGUAACAGUGUAAGAGCCCAGAGCGUAACCCCUCCACAGGCCGUGGCGGAGUAGCGCAGUUGGUAGUGCCCUCGCUUCCCAUGCCAAAGGUCGCGGGAUCGAUCCCCGCGUCCUCCACAGGCGAAUAUAUUUUUAAAUUCUUUAUAUUAAGUUCGCUGCCACGCAUAUAAAGGAUUUAUAGUGAAAAACUUUGUUUUUACGGGUUGUACUUAUUAUAAUGUUUGCAUGGUGUACAGUCUCUAAAGUACCCACACGGCAAAUUUCCAGUUUGUUGCAUGUCGGGAAGUACGCAAAACAUUUUGUAACAGACACACAUAAUCACAACUUUGCCUUUUAUAUAUAUGGAGAUGUGUAUUUUUUAAUAUAUAGAAUGUCUAUAUAUAUAAUAUAUUAUAAAUCUUCUUCUUUGCCUUAACGGGAAUCGUUUUGUGGAUCGAGUUAAAUCUCCAAUUUCCGUUCGAUUCUUCGUGCUUCCAUCUUGGCUUUUGUGGCACUGACGUCACUCACGAGCGAUGACGCUCGCUGACGUCACGGAUGGCGGUGACACGGUGUUGGUGAUUUGUGUGGAGUGGUUUUUUCGCGGUGUAAAUUUUGUGUCCAAUUUGUUGUUGUUGUUGUUUUUAUUUUGGCGACACGACAAUAAAUGGUUGCGGAUUUUGGUGACGGACAGACAAAGCUCCCCCAGGUAGCCUCUAGCAGGGCUGUAGGGGCAAGUGCUGCUAGUAGCGAGUAGCUCCACCUAUGAUGUACACAGACAAAGCUCCCCCAGGUAGCCUCUAGCAGGGCUGUAGGGGCAAGUGCUGCUAGUAGCGAGUAGCACCACCUAUGAUGCACACACAGACAAAGCUCCCCCAGGUAGCCUCUAGCAGGGCUGUAGGGGCAAGUGCUGCUAGAAGCGAGCAUCACCACCUAUGAUGCACA